AUGUCAAGAUCAGGCAGAGAUAUUUCUUCUUCAAGUUCUGAUGAGUACCCUUACAAUAUUCCUAUGGCAGAUCUCGAUGAGUAUUCCCCUACAACAUCGGCUGACGAAUCUGUUGAAAUUUCAAAUUUUGACAGAAGGCUGGAAGCAUAUUUUGACCAGUGUUCUGUAGCGAUAACAGCUGGAAAAAACCUUAAUGAGAUAGAUAGGAUGAAGUUUCUGAAGCAGCAAAAAAUAUUCAAUGAAGAAAUGUCAAAGAAAUGAGAACUCCUGAGGCAUGAACAGAGAAUAUAUGAAAAUAAUAUAGAAAAAGCCAAAUCCCAAUGCUAUUCUGAAGACCAUAUAAUAGAAAUUAAUAUUGGAGGCACCCAUAGCCUUACAGUUUCUUUGGAAACUUUAAUGAGAAUCCCCGACUCUGCAUUAGCCAGCUUUUUUACAUCUGAGGAAUUAUAUUAUCAUAAUGGAAAAAUUUUUAUAGACAGGGAUAGCGAUCCUUUUAUACAAAUGAUUAAUUUUUUAAGGACAAAUAGAGUUCCUAUAAGGCAAAACCCUGCUGAUGAAAUCAGAUUUAAAGAGGAAUUGGAAUAUUGAGGAAUCCCUUUCGAGCUUCCAUCAAAAAAUAUAAGCUCUUCAUUGAGAUAUUUUGACGCUGAAUGAUGUGCACCUACUUUAUCAUUGGAAUCAAAUAAUACUAUAAUUAGAAAAAUCAGCUAUCAGCAUGGAAUUUGCUUUGGAGGUAACAUGCUAUGUGAAUCUUGCCCUUAUGUAGAAGUAAAAAUUGAUAUAAAUGAGUCAUCGGCUAAUGGGUCACAUAUUUUUAUCGGUGCAGUUGAUAAGUCGAAAUAUGAGAUUUCUCAGCUGACUUCAACCCUGUGGAGAGAUUCACCCUCAAGCUGAUAUUGAGACGUGUGGAGUAAUAAAUUAAUAAAAACCGACGAAAAUGGCCAACAUUCGGUAGAAAAUGGGUAUGGAUGUGGCUGCUGUGAAGAAAUGGAAACUGUGAUAGGGAUUUUAUACAAUGCAAAACACCAAACUUUAAGCUUCUAUAAAAGAGGGAUUUGCCAAGGAAUUGCGUUUAGAAAUGUUCCAAGCGGCCUUUAUCCUUCUAUAGAUGUAUGGUUUGGUAACGGAACUGUGUCAAUUCUUCAAACACAGUUGCCUUCUCAAAAGAAGUUAAUGUGAUUAUAA